UUUGCAAAUGCAAUUAUAUCCAUGACUAACUUUCUAUUUCCUUCUCUCUCUUGCUCAAGGUUCUUCUCUUCUUCAUCUUCUUCAUCUUUCUUUACUACUACUUCCACAGUAAUCCUUCUCCUGUCAAUCUCCUUCUCUCUCUUUUGUCUAAACACAAUUAUCAUUCUCUCUCUUCCUAAUAACUCUAAUAUAGAGAGAGAAACCAUCCCAAUAGACGGCGGCGCAUUCGGACCGGAGAGCCUAACCUUUGAUGCAAAUGGUGAAGGCCCAUACACAGGCGUUUCCGAUGGCCGGAUCCUAAAAUGGCUGCAAUUUGAACGACGCUGGUCGGACUUCGCCGCCGUUAAUGCUUCUCCCUCCAGGGAAGGAUGUGGGGGUCCAAGUCCAUGUGAGCAUGUGAAAAUGGAACACAUUUGUGGGCGCCCAUUGGGCCUAAGUUUCAACAAAAGGACUGGUGAUCUUUAUAUUGCAGAUGCUUAUAUGGGCCUUCUUGUUGUGGGCCUAAAAGGAGGCUGGGCUUCUCCAAUACUAUUAAAAGCCCAAAACACAUCUCAAGCAUUAAAAUUCACCAAUGGUAUAGACAUUGAUCAAAAGUCUGGUUUGGUUUAUUUUACUAUCAGCAGCACUCAAUAUCAAAGGAGGAACUACGUCUCACUCAUAGUUAGUCGCGACACAUCUGGAAGUCUAAUGAGAUACGACCCGAUAAGCCAAAACAUCUCAAUUCUCAUAAAAGAUUUGGCUUUUCCUAACGGAGUCCUGUUAAGCAAAGACACCAACUCGAUCCUCAUUGCAGAAUCCACAAAUUGUAGAAUAUUAAGGUACUGGCUCGAAACUGAAAAGGCAGGCACAAUAGAGCUAUUUGCGGAACUCCCAGGAUUUCCCGAUAACAUAAAGAGGAAUGAUAGAGGAGAGAUUUGGGUAGGAUUACAUGCAAGGAAAACCAAGUGGUUGAAUUGGAUUCUCUCCAAACCUUGGGUAGGAGAAAUGUUGGCAAAUCUUCCUUUUGAUAUAACAAAAGGGUAUUCAUAUUUGGGAAGAUGGAAAGGAGUUGGAUUAGCUUUGAAGCUUAAUGAAAAUGGGAAGAUUGUGAAAGUUUUGGAAGAUAGUAGUGGAAAUGGUUGGAAGUAUAUAAGUGAGGUGGUGGAGAAAGAUGGAAUUUUGUGGAUUGCAUCCAUAAAAAUGCCCUUUGUUGGCAUACUACCCAUCUAACUUAACCUUUCUAAUAUGAUUAUGUAUUCAACUUCUAGUAAUUUCUUGUAAAUUUCUAUAUAAGCUUUAGCUGUUCAAAAUGUAAUGUGUGUGUGUUUAUAUGUAAGUUGUAAAGUGUUGGAAUUUCCUAUCAUAAUUGAUAUAGUUUUCAAAUAAACAU